UCAUUGUCUAUGGUUAGUUCCGUGUUUAUCAUGGUGGGGUGAAGUUACGCAGUAUUUCUAAGAAAAUAAUAUUACGUUUAUUUAACGUAAUUGUAAUGCUACAGACUUAGAAACUUCACAAGUACUGCAAAAUUUUGCGUAAUCCAUGUUGAAUCAAGGAUUGAGCGCAGAUAACUCACCCACAAAAUGAUAAAAAAAAUUAUAUUCACUCUCGCAACACUGCUGACCUACACAAAUGCAGAAUACAUACCUCCGGGUCCGGUCUACCCGUGUCCGAACGACUCAAAGACCACGUUACUGUACCCGUGUGUCUGCGAGAAGGGGUCGGACACGGGGUUGUAUAUACGGUGUGAGAAUACUGGGUUGGCUGUGUUGAGCGUUGGGUUGGGGAAUAUAGCUGGGUUGGGGUUACCGGUUGAGCGGUUGUUGUUGAAGGAGUUGAAGAUUUCAAACCUCUUCGGCCCCCUCUUCCACCGGUCCACGAUCAGAGUACUCCAAAUAGAAGACACGCCCAUCAGGACGAUAGACCAAUACGCGUUCGCGGGAGUCAAUAGGACACUCCAAGAGUUGUACAUGAUUAACACUCAAAUUGAUGUCUUCCCGAAAGAUGCUUUUAUGAUCCUAGGCAACCUAUCAGUGUUAUCUAUAGACGGGCACAAAAUGACUAAGCUAGCUAAAGACAUAUUCGCUGGCAGUGAGCUGGUCGGCAAGUUGGAGAGAUUGCAUCUAUCUAAUGGGCUCAUUUCUGAUAUACCGCCGGAGGCUUUUCAGGUGUUAAAGAAACUGAAGAAGCUAGAUCUUCACGGUAAUAAACUGGUCACACUGAAGAGGAAUCAGUUCAAAGGAUUGAGAGACACAGAGCUAUUGGAUUUGAGUCAUAACAGCAUAACAAAGUUGGAUGGCAGUCAUAUUGGAGAUUUGACUAAACUAGGCUGGUGUAAUGCGAGUCAUAAUCAAAUUGGAGAAAUACCGAGAGGUAUGUUCGCAAGGAAUACAGUAAUAAAAGUAGUACAUUUGGAUCACAACAAGAUAAAGAAAUUGGAUACCAACAGCUUUAGAGGGAUGAGGUUUUUGAGACGUCUCUACCUCCAAGACAAUUUAAUAUCAGACAUAGGCCGCGGCACGUUUUCAGCGGUCACUAGAAUAGGUACCGUGGAUCUAGCUAGAAACCAAAUCAAGAAAGUUGACUUCCAAAUGUUCCAACAAGUAAAAUAUGCUGAGAUAAUUAACUUAGCAGAAAACAAUAUAACUAUAAUAGAAACGCAAGCAUUCACAGAUUUAUAUCAAGCAGUAGUAAAUAUAUCUCACAACGCUCUCUCGACCAUAGAGACAGGAGCGUUUGUGAAUUGCAAUAACAUGACGUUGCUAGACUUUAGCCACAACCAAUUGUCUAUGAUCAGUCCUAGAGCGUUCGAUGAAAAUAGUUAUGCGUAUGAAUUGCAAGUUUCGCAUAAUGAGUUCAGGAAUUUUUCGCAGAUACCAAUACAAAACAUGACAGGCAUCCAAAAAUUAAAUGUAUCCCACAAUAAAAUAGAGUCUAUACCAAAACUAGCAUUUCCGAAAUUAUACGAACUACAUACAGUUGACAUGUCUCAUAAUAAUUUGAGCGAAAUUUUUAACGCUGUCUUCCAAAAUCUGUUUUCUAUAAGAUUCCUUAACCUAAGCUACAAUUCACUAGAAACGAUAAAACCAGCGACUUUCGGCACUAUUCCCACAGUGCUAGAGUUGAAUUUGUCUCACAACAGGCUCAGAGAGAUCUCCAGAGGCAGUCUUGCGAAGUUGGUCAGCUGUCGCCUUAUAGAUAUCAGUUAUAAUGUGCUGGAAAAACUGUUUCAAAUACCUAUUAGUUUGGGCGAAUUAAACGUAGCCCACAACAACAUAACUUCAAUAAAACCGAACACUUGGCCGACAAUGAACGCUCUCCUCCGGCUGAACCUAUCGGCCAACCAGCUGGCUGAUUCGCUGCAAUCAGACAGUUUCUCCAGUCUGCUCACUCUUCAGGCUCUGGAUUUGUCGGCUAAUGGGUUAACGAAACCGCCUUGGGAAGCCUUGAGUAGUUUGACUAGUUUGCAGUAUUUGUAUUUACAGGAUAACAACAUAACAGAACUAAGCCGAUCUGCGUUCGGUAACCUACCGACAACCUUCAAGAUAGAUUUGUCGCGCAACCAAAUAGCAACCGUUGCUCAGAGAUCGUUCAACGGGCUGCAACAGUUGCUUGAUCUGUCGCUCAGCGGGAAUAGGCUUGAGAGUGUGCCUAAUGAGGCUUUUAAGGGGCUGGUUGCUUUGAGGAAGUUGGAUCUGUCACAUAAUUUCUUAGAAAAGAUUGACAAUAAAACCAACGGUUUGCUUGAUGACUGCUUAUCUUUAGAAGAGGUAAACUUAAGCCACAAUAAAAUCGGGUUUUUAACAAAGAAAAUGUUCCCCUCAAACCCAUGGAUACCUUACCGACUGCGGGAAAUUGAUCUCAGUUACAACGAGAUACCGGUCGUUACUCACGACUUGACUCUCGGGGCGAAGAAAGUUAAAAAGUUGAAUCUAUCUGGCAAUUAUAUUAAUGAUGUUAGGAAUAAUGUGCUAGGCAACCUGACAUCGUUGGAAGUACUAGACUUAUCUCAUAAUAAUCUGAAAGAUUUGGUUUCAAGAACUUCUGAAAUAAAAUUCACAUUACCAGAGAACAUUACAGAAUUGAUUCUAAAGAACAACUCUCUAGGUUCAUUACCGACACCAAACAUUAUGUCGUCGAAAUACCUGAAACUAUUAGAUGUAAGAAAUAAUGAAUUAACUAGCUUCGAACCUGAGUUAGUGAGGAAAAUCAAGCACGAAGGAUUGGUUGUGUUAUUUCAAGGUAACAGCCUAAAAUGCGAUUGCUUCACGCGCCCUCUAAAACACUAUUUAAAUCAUAUUCGUCCAUCUUUACUGAAAACAGACGAAAAAUAUCAAAAUAUUACAUGUGCGGAACCAGUGACUUUGGUCAACGAGAAUAUUUUGACCAUAGACGAAGAUAGAUUAUUGUGCAGUGGCAACACUGAGAUUGACGCGAAAAUUUUGGAGCAUAGCAACACUGAGGGGGAGAGCGCUUUUGAUUUUACUUCGGAACCCGAUUUGGCAUUUAGGGAUGUGCAAUAUUCACAAUCAUCAAUAUACGCCCACUGGUUUAUAACAACCAACGAGGACGUCGGUGAUUUCAUACUAUACAUACGCGAUGCACAAAACAAGCUAUUAUUUUCAUCCGAUGUUUCUUACAACUUACGUUCUUUAACCAUACCUAUUGACGACACAAUAAAAAUAUCACUACAGGAUAAAAAUACACACGAAAUAUGUAUACAGGCAAAAAAUUCUAAUAAUACGCCGAAAAAAUGGCACCCAAGUCAGUGUCAAAAGGUUUUGGACGAUUUUAAUUCGUGGCCAGUUAAGUUAGUUGUAGAUAAACGCAGGCUCACGAAGAAGAAAGUUAAAUACAGUUGGUUCGGUAACAGCGUGUUGGGGCUCGUUAGCGAUUCGAUUCUGAUAACGCUGUGCAUAUUUUUGAGUGUUUGUCUGAAAAUUACUGAUGAUAUGUGAUUUUGGGAGUUUUUUUUGCUAAAAGAAUGAUGGUAUUAUUAUGUUUUUUGAAGAAAUUUUUGUGACUGGUACAUUAAUCUUGGUAUUUUUUUAAAUAAUUGUUUUUCCUAAUUUAAAUGUGUAUUUUCAAGAGGGAUAAGUUGGUCUCGUAAAAACAGAAAUUAAUAUGCAAUUUUGAGUUCAAUACGACCAUUAGAAAAAAUACUAAAAAAUCUCAGGAAAUAUUCAAAUAAUACGCUCAAAAAAUGGCAUCCAAGUCAGUGUCAAAUGUUUUUGGAAGUCAAAGUCAAAGUAAAAAAAAAUAUUAUUUUUUAAUGCUCUUUCGAAACGUCAAACUAGUUGAAAAUUAUAAUUCGUGGCCAGUUAAGUUGGUAGUAGAUAAACGCAGGCUAACUAAGAAGAAAGUUAAAUAUAGUUGGUUCGGUAACAGCGUGUUAGGGCUGGUUAGCGAUUCGAUUCUGAUUACGCUGUGCAUAUUUUUGAGUGUUUGUUUGAAAAUUACUGAUGAUUUGUGAUUCUUUUAGUAAAAAGAAUGAUGGUAUUAUUAUCAAUUUUUGACGAAAUUUUUGUGGAUGGUAAAUUAUCUUGGUAUAUUUUUUUAAAGAAAAGUUUUUUCUAAUUUAAAUGUGUAUUUUCAAGAGGGAUAAGUUGCUCUCGUAAAACCAGAAAUAUGUAUGCAAUUUUGAGUUCUAUACGACAUUAAAAAAAUAAUUAAAGAAUUUAAAUUACAUUUUUUGAAUUUCUCUUUAUAUUGUUAUUUAUAAAAAUAUACCAAGAUUGUUUAGCAUUUAGGAAGACAACUUAGAAGAGUGAAAUUAAACCUACAUAUUUUUAGUGAACUUUUACUAAAUGCAAACUAUAUAAACUAAAAGUUGUGAGUUAUUUAAAUUUUAUAAUCUAGAUAAUCUAAAAUGUUAUUCAAAAGAAUCUCCUAAAUAUUAGAGUCACGAUGUCGAAGGCGGCUGUUCUCAUUUAAGGAGAUCAGCCAGCUGCGCAGGACAUAUUAUAUUGCAAGAAACUUAUAUUCAACAUGAACAAUAUAUUUUCAAUAUUAUUUAAAAUACUCGAUUUUGUAUUAAAGAAACUUGACAUCGAAUUUUUGUCAACAUUUUUUUUUGUUUUAUGUUAAAAAUAUAUAAAUGACAAAGUAUUAUCACUGCCUUGUGUAAACUUUUAUAUUUGAAAUUAGUCAUAAGUUUUACAUAAAAAAAAACUAAAGCUGAUAUUUUCCCUUAAUUUCUUUGCAUGCAUAUUAAAUUGCCCAAUUAAAGGGUUAAAAACUGACUAUCUAUUUAAGCAAAAAUGUGAAA